AUGAGUGGGGAAGGAUUUAGAGAAGAUAUUCUUGUCGCGCCAAGCGGUAGCAUCGGUCCAUGCAAUCUGGGCCUCUACAGCGGGAAGGAUAUUGGUGAGCCAGAAGUCUAUGAUGACCCAAAGCGGAAGAUAUUGUCUCGGAGAAAGGCCUCGAAUACUCUGUACACCCUUCUUCCAUUCGCAGGGCAGCAUGCUCGCCAACUUGGUAAGAAACGGGCGUGGAGGUAUGGGAAUGGACAUCAGGAUGUCGGGCGUCAGACCGGCAUCCGGUGGAGUAAUCGAGAAGAUCACGUUGCACCGACGCAUGCCCAGCGUGAUUCCACUAAAUCAGAUCCCAAUGUCGUGUUUUCGAGACACGGCAUGGAUGGAGAUAGAAAGCGAAGCAGCCCUGAACCGGUUACUAGGGUGGCAGAGAGUGAGGGCCACAAUAUCAAGAUGAAGGCCUCAGGUAGCCUGAAUUGUUUCAGGGUGCUCGGGUUGACUCGGACAGUUCAGAACAAUAAGGAGGAGUCCAGGAGAUGGAAGUCUUGUGUCACCGAGUCGCAGACCUGUAAACCUGGGCCUGAGCCCAAGCCCGACCCGUACCCGGCCCAAGCCCUCACGGCGGGCUCGGGCUCACCUUUUGUGAGGCCUGAGCCCAUCCAAACCCGGCCCGAGCCCGACCAACACCUAGUAGCACUAGAACUGGUAGAACAGGGCAUUGAAGGUCGUAAAAAAUAA